CGAGAAUCUUCUAUCGGCUUUUCUAUCCGAAGCAGCAAUCCCAGAUUUUCAACGCUUUUUUACCCGUAUCAGGGAGUCUACUCUUCUGCAGAUUUCUAAGCAUUUGUUGGUUGCCCCAUCGCCCCUUGCAAAGCCCAAGCCCAUGGAUUUGGCUCUUUUCUCGCGACGCUUCCUCGUUCGAUCUCCUUCUUGGCUUUUCCGUCCCGGUGGAUCUGGCUCAGGGUUUGAAGUUGGACCUUCAACAGGAAAAAUUCCCCCAACUCGGAAAUUUGUGUCGAAAAGUGGAUCGAUCAAAGCAUGGGACCCGCGACGUUUGUUGUCGGGCGAUACGUACGCAUAUAAGUGGGAGGAGAUAUCCCCUCAGUCUUGCCUUGAGCCUUGUACUUGUACACACCGUUCAGGAACAGGUUCUUUAAUUGACACAAGUCUCUCAUCAUGACUGACUACAAGUUCGAAGGAUGGAUGGGCCUCGACAAGGACUCGGUCGACGGCAAGAUGGUCUGGCAGGAAUUUGAGCCCAAGCCCUGGGAAGAGACCGAUGUCGACAUCAAGGUCUCUCAUUGCGGUAUCUGUGGUUCCGAUCUUCACACUCUGCACAGUGGAUGGAAGCCCACCCUUUACCCCUGCUGUGUCGGUCACGAGAUCGUCGGUGUCGCCGUGCGCGUCGGCUCCCAGGUCCGCGACAUCAAGCUCGGGGACCGCGUCGGCGUCGGCGCGCAGAGCGAUUCCUGCCAGGGCCGUCUCGGCGACUGCGCCGAGUGCGCCAUGGGCUGGGAGCAGUACUGUCCCCACAAGUGGGUGGGCACCUACAACAGCGUCCACCUCAACGGCGGCAAGUCCUACGGCGGCUAUGCGCGGUACAACCGCGUCCCCGCCCGCUUCGCCAUCAAGAUCCCCGACGGCAUCCCCUCCGCCGAGGCCGCUCCCAUGCUGUGCGGUGGUGUCACCCUCUACAGCCCGCUGAAGCACAACGGCUGUGGCCCCGGCAAGCGCGUCGGCAUCAUCGGUGUGGGCGGCCUGGGCCACUUUGGCGUCAUGUUCGCCAAGGCGAUGGGCGCCGACAAGGUGGUCGCGAUCUCGCGCAAGGCCGGCAAGGCGGCCGAUGCCUUGAAGAUGGGCGCCGAUCUGUACAUCGCGACGGACGAUGAGCCCGAUUGGGCUACCAAGUACGCCAAGUCGUUGGAUCUGAUUGUCUCGACUGUUUCGUCCACGAAGAUGCCCUUGGAACAGUACGUCGGCCUGCUGGCGGUCAAUGGUACUCUGUGCCAGGUCGGUUUGCCGGAGGAUGGCACCCUGGUGGCGCCCGUUAAGCCUCUGAUCCGUCGGUUGAAGGUGACCAGCUCGUUGGUCGGGAGCCCUGAUGAGAUCCGCGAGAUGUUCCAGCUGGUCUUGGACAAGGGCGUCAAGCCUUGGAUCGAAGAGGUCCCGAUGAAGAAUGCCAACGAGGCCAUUGUCAACAUGCAUGCCGGUAAGGCCAGAUACCGCUACGUGUUGGUCAACGAGGAGCACUAGACGGACAGGGCUUGGUGAUGAGUUAUGACGAAUGUAUAGACUGUAUAAUGUAUUAGUAGUGAGUUCACAGUACUCAUAGAUGAAC